CCACCCGAUAAAUAUAUUUUCACACUUUUAAUUUUCUAGAGAAAAUGUCCGCUAUCGAGGUGACCGCUGACGCCGCUUCCACCUGGGAUUGGCCACUUCAACACAACGACGGAGUUGUCAAGGUCCACAACACCAAGGAAAAGUUCGAGGUCGGACUUGACGUUCAAUUCUUCACUCCAAAGGAAAUCGAGGUCAAGGUUUCCGGACAAGAGCUUCUCAUCCACUGCCGUCACGAGACCCGCAGUGACAACCAUGGAACCGUUGCCCGUGAAAUCAACCGUGCCUACAAACUUCCAGAUGACGUUGAUGUUUCCACCGUCAAAUCCCACCUCGCCACCCGCGGAGUUCUCACCAUCACUGCUUCCAAGAAGGCUUAAAUGUCUAGAACAUGAUUACAACCAAAAAAAACAAUAUUUUUCUCAAUUGAAUAAUAUCAAAUUAUUCUUCACUUAAAUACUUUACAUUUCUUUUUGACUAAUCAAAUAUUGCAAUACUUUCAAUAAAUGUACGACUUUAUG